AUGCCUUUUUCCAUGGACCAGUGUUUCCGCGGGGAUUCGGACUGCCUGGUGGACCGCCUCGUCGCCGCGAGCAUGCUGCCCCAAGUGGCUCCUGGCGCCGUCAAGGAGCGCGAGCUGCAGGCGUGGCGGCCUGAUGAUGAUAAUGGCGACCACAGGUCCAUCCUCAACGAGCCGCUCGAGGCCAGGCAUCGCGCUCCGUCAAAGCACUGCCGCUCCCCCGACAACAAGAGGAGCUCAACCGGCACGGCCGCCGCCAAGCGCGCGCGCGCCCCCGGAUCGCCCGCCGUGCGCCGCGCCAGCCUGGACGCUGCCCAGGGCUUUGCGUGCCCAUCGUUCAACGCGGCGCCCAAGCCCGAGGCGCUGCCCAUGCCCACCUUCACCCUGAUGCGGGCCAGCGCCCUCUCCCGCCGCUCGCCCUCGCCGCCCAAGUACACGGCGGUCACGGCCUGA